AUGUCGUCGAAGCUGGAUGCCCCCCAGCAAUUCAAACAGCCUUCUCGCAAAGGCAAGAAGGCUUGGCGCAAGAAUGUUGACGUUACUGAGGUGCAGGAAGGCUUGCGUCUGCUGAAAGACGAAGAAAUCAAAGGUGGUGUUGUUGCUGAGAAACCUUCCGAGGAACUGUUCAUACUUGACACUGUUGGGUCGGAGGAUGUGCGCAAAUCUAUUUCCAAGAAACACAAGACGCUCAAGGCCGACGAAAUUAUUGCUCAACGAUCUGCGAUUCCCGCUAUCGACUCCCGCAAGCGUACCAGCUCCAUUGUCACUGACGGUGUCAUCGAACCUAAGACCAAAAAGCACAAGAAGGACUGGGUCAGCCAAAAGGAAUUGCAGCGCUUGAAACAGGCCGCCCGGGAUGCGGACAUCACCAAGAAGGGCAGCAACGAGAUUUAUGACCCCUGGGCGGAUGAAGCCGACAAUUCCGCCCCUGUCGAGGACCCCCGCUUCGACUUCUUGCCUAAGCCGAAGCCCAAGGUUGCCCCUGAGACUUUGAAACACGCUCCCAUCUCUCUUGCCGCCAACGGCAAGCCCAUCCCCUCCGUGAGCGUGCCCCGCGGUGGAGCUAGCUACAACCCUCAAUUCGAAGAAUGGGACCGCCUUAUCCAGGAGUAUGGCCAGGAAGCCGUGGAGACCGAGAAGCAACGUCUUGAGGAGGAAUUGAAAGAGGCUGAGAAGCAGCGCCUUAUUGAAGCCGCUCAGGGCGACGAUGGCGAGGUCAAGUCCGACGAUGAGAGUGCCUGGGAGGGCUUCGAAAGCGAAUACGAGAAGCCCGAGUGGUUGAACAAGAAGCGACCCGAGAGAAAGUCCAAGACGCAGCGCAACAAAAUCAAGCGACGCAAGGAAGCCGAGAGGCAAGCGAAGUGGGAAGAGAAGAAGGCGAAUAGAGAGGCACAGCUUGAGAAGGCGCAAGAACUUGCCGAGAGAGCUGAUCAAAAGGCUGAAGAGUCCGAUGCCGAUGACUCGGACGAGGGAGAUGAGAUGAAGUUGCGACGGAAACCUUUGGGCGGCAAGCUUCCGUGGGUUUUCACUUCUUAUAACUAUCUGUGUGCUUUAACUAACUUCUAUAACAGCGCCCCCCAAAAGCGUCUGGAGCUGGUUCUCCCCGAUGAAUUGCAGGACUCUCUCCGUCUAUUGAAGCCGGAGGGUAACCUCUUGGACGAUCGAUUCCGCACCAUGAUCGUCCAGGGCAGACUGGAGGCUCGUAAGCCCGUGAGCCAGGCUAAGAAGGCGAAGAGAAAGAUUACAGAGAAAUGGAUGUCUAAGGACUUCUCUAUCCCUGGCCUGUUCUGA